AUGGAGGGAGUUCAGACUGUUGAUUCGGUAUCAUCAAGCGAUAAACCAUGCACCGAUGCCGAGCCUGCGACCUCUCAAUCUAAGUCGCAUCGGAGAUCUCGUUCUAACAGUAACCCGGCACGCCCAACACCACCCCCCGCCACCCCAGAGCUGAAGCAAGCCCCCAAGAAUGAUCCCAUUCCGGUAGAAGCACAACCACCGAUAACCGAAAAAAGCGAGGAAUCAAAGCCAUCCACAUCAUCUCCAGCCACGCGAAAGACUGACCCCAAGCCUAUCGGACGAAGGAAUUCGUGGAUAUCCAGUUUGAGCUCGAAGUUCUCGUCUGGAUCAACACCACCUUCGCAAUCCAGUCUCAAGGCCGGUCCCGCGAGCCCCAAAACGACCUCUCCCCUCGAUACACACAAUCCAUUCGGGGCCGCCUACUCCCCAAAGGACAAGGAAGAGGAGAAAAAGGACGAGUCCAAUCCAUUUACCUCGACAUCACCGAAGGGGCCGUCUUUUAUCCACAAUGCACUGCGCAAAUUCUCGUCAAACUCGGGUGGAUUGCCCAAGUUGAACCCGAAUGACUCGAUCUGCCCUCGUCGUGUGAUGAACAUUGACCAACAUCGGCACCGAUGCAAGAUCGCCGACUUGAACCAGGCCAAAUUGAACCGUGUGGCUUUCUGCGUGGAUGUAGAAAUCGCCGGGAUCUCUCAUCUGGAUGAUGACGAGAAUGCUCCUCCAACAAACCAGUUACGACAACCUCUACCCGAAUCCAAUAGCCACAAGUCUAAGAAAGCCGAUCUCAAAUCGAAGGAACAGGAGGAGGCUGGAGCUUUGAAACACCCCCAGACUACAUUAGCCGACAAGGAUAGCUCGUUUCAGGCUCCGGCUCAAGCCACUGAGAAUUCAAAGAACCAACCUGCCUCUUCUCCACCAAACGCCACUAGUACCAAACCAUCUGCUGAUCCCACCCCCAACGGAGAAGGAACUGAUCCUACAAGGAAGCAGGAGAAGAAGAAACGGUCAGAGGCAGAGCGCAAGGAGCGCAAGGAAAGGAAGCGCAGACAGGCUGUGGCAAAUGGCUCGGUGCCAUUGCAACUCGACGCAGAGAACGAUGAAGAGUAUACACAGGCUCCAGCACCGGGUAUUACCAGAUCCAAAACACAGAGCCACCCCACGACCGAUCCGGUGCGCAUUUAUCGCCGGUGUUGCCAACUUCGCGAGACCCCUGUUCUCAAGAGAGUUGUUGACGAGAUCUCGAAGCCUUCAUCCACCUUGGCCGAGUCUCCCGGCACGGUGGCAGCUCUGGAUCUCAGCAACUUCCCAAUGACCUCGCAGGACUUGACAACUUUCAGCGACUGGCUCGCAGUUGUUCCAGUUCGUAAAUUAAUUUUGGAGAAUUGCUCAUUGACGGAUCUAUCCUUGCGAUCAAUUCUUGCUGGCUUGCUUUCCACCAAGACAGUCGAGCAAAUGCGCUACCGACGCAGACGCUCUCGAAGACCGGAAUCUCCGGGUUCAGAUGAUCAUGAGAGAUACGGUGUCGUGGAAAAGCUUUCCUUAAAGGACAACCCAAAGAUUGGACGCGAGGGAUGGCGCCACAUCAGUCUUUUCAUCCAUCUUUCCAAAUCGUUGAAAGCCAUAGACUUGUCAGGCAUUCCUUUUCCUCAAGGCCAGGUUGCGAUUGAUGGUUCAGGGUCAACCAAUCAAACCCAACCACUCACUGCCGAUGUGAGCAUUAUCUUUGCUAGUGCCCUAGCGGAGCGCUUCGGCGGGGAUCACCUAGAAGAGCUGCUCAUGAGUGAGUGUAACCCCUCGGUCGAAGCAGUAAAGCAAAUUUGCCAGGCGACUACCAAAAUGGGCCUGCGCAGACUGGGCUUCGCAAGCAAUGGUCUGACAAGAGAGGGCUUGGAAUAUGUGGUCGAGUACCUGAAAGCCGGUCAAUGCGAAGGCCUGGAUCUGGGUGGAAAUGCUAUAAAGGAUGAUUUGGAUAUUGUCACAGGCGCAAUUGAACCCGAGACACCGCUUUACGCACUGAGUCUGGCGGAUUGCUCUUUGAAUCCAUCGGUGAUCUGCCCUUUGCUCCAAUCUCUUGCUCAGAUCCACAACCUUCGUUUCAUUGAUUUCUCCCAUAAUCGCGAGCUAUUCACAGCACAACCUAAUGCUCUUGGGGCGUUCCGUCGCUUCUUGCCCAAGAUGACAUCUCUGAAGCGCUUUCAUCUCGCUGAUGUCAACUUGACACCAGACCAUGUAAUUGGUCUUGCCGAGGUACUACCAGAGUGCCCUAGUCUUUGCCAUUUGAACAUAUUGGAGAAUCAGCAGAUCAUCGAUCUGGCUUCAACCACAGACCCUAUUGCCCAGGAAGAAGCAUGUGCCGUAUAUGCGUCCAUGAUGGCGGCAGUUCGUGUUUCACGGACUAUCAUUGCCGUCGAUAUUGAUGUCCCUAGCGCAGAAAACAACGAGGUUGUCAAGGCUUUGGCAUCUCAAAUCGUAGCCUACUCGUUACGAAAUCUUGAAGGUGGCGCUAUUGCGGAAGAACUUUCUGACUCUAUCGUUCCUCUUGGGACGAAAGACGUUCCAGUGCCUGACAUCCUCCAGCAUAUUGUCGGACACUCUGCUGUAUCUGAGGAGCCGUGCGACGACGUCGACGAUAUGGCCCCAGAUGAAGACUAUGUUAUCGGCGGCACCGGCGUGGUCAAAGCAUUGGGUGUAUGUCUUGGGAACCUGGACCACCAUGGCCUCGAUGCUCUUGGGGAAAGCUCUGCACCGCCCAGUGGUACCACAACCCCUAGACGCCGCAUAUCUCGAAGCGUUGUUACCAAACGGCCCCGGGACAUGUCAAAGAAUCUGCUGGAGUCUGCCCGCAAUAUCAGAGUCCGAAUCCAAUCGGCUCUCAUUCGCGAGGAUCGUGCUGGCAAUGAUGCCAAUUAUCGCCGCCUACAAUUCCUGGACAUCACAUUGCACAGAAUGAUUCAGCGCUUUGAGGACGAGUACCCGGAAACUCGCAUUAGUGCACCAGCUGAGGCUGUGCCCUCUGCCCCGGCUCUUGAUACCAGUUCACAGCACUCCGGGGAAGAUGGGACCAGUUCCAUUACUGCAGGCGGUAACAUGACCAACAGCCAGCUUGAUGAGAAUGGGGCCGAUGAAGAAGAGGGUGAGCAAUUUGCCGUUCGUCUUUCCCGCGCCAGCUCCAUGACUUCCCUUCACUCUCGUGCCAUGACCUCCCAGGAAGGUCACAUCCAUCGUAUCGGUCAGAACCUCCGCCGUGACUUCCUCAAGCCUUCACUGGUUCCUGCCGGCGGCGACGAAGAGGAAGACGACAAUAGCUCGCACAUUGCCGCUCUCAGACAGAAACUUGACCGUCUGCAUAACGAGCAGUCCUUAUCUCAAUUCGACGACUUCGACACCGCUAAAGCCUUUGACCAACUCGGGACUACCGUCGAUGAACUCUGGGCCGUGCAACAACAAGACGCCGAAGGCUUUGAACGCUUCAAACAGUCUCAAAUCGCUGCCCAAUUCAACAGUGGUCUUCGUACCCGAGACAAUGCAGAGCCUGGAAAGGACUCUGAAGAAUCCGAGAGCAAGCCCUCUUGA